AUGGCAGCCGAUAUGACGGGCGAACAGAUGCAGGCCAAGAUUACCGCGGCCAGGCGCGAAGCUGAGGGUUUGAAGGACAAGAUCAGGCGCCGGAAGGAUGAGCUUGCCGACACCUCUCUUCGCCAGGUCGCGCAGAAUCACACCGAUGCCCUCCCACGAAUUGGCAUGAAGCCGCGCCGGACGCUGAAGGGUCACCUUGCGAAGAUUUACGCCAUGCACUGGUCGACCGACCGCCGCCACCUCGUGUCAGCUUCGCAGGACGGAAAGCUCAUUAUCUGGGACGCAUACACCACCAACAAGGUCCAUGCCAUCCCUCUGCGCUCGUCAUGGGUCAUGACCUGUGCCUAUGCGCCUAGUGGAAACUACGUGGCUUGCGGUGGCCUCGACAACAUUUGUUCCAUCUACAACCUGUCGUCGCGCGAAGGUCCCACUCGCGUCGCGCGCGAGCUCUCUGGCCACUCGGGCUACCUCUCUUGCUGCCGCUUCAUCAAUGAUCGCCGCAUAAUCACCUCAUCUGGUGACAUGACCUGUAUGCUGUGGGAUAUUGAGUCUGGAUCCAAGGUUACCGAGUUCGCCGACCACCUUGGUGACGUGAUGUCGAUCAGCAUCAACCCGACCAACCAGAACAUCUUCGUGUCCGGUGCUUGCGACGCUUUCGCCAAGCUGUGGGAUAUCCGUACCGGCAAGGCUGUGCAGACGUUCGCCGGCCACGAGUCCGACAUCAACGCUAUCCAGUUCUUCCCCGACGGAAACGCUUUUGGAACGGGUUCCGACGACACCUCCUGCCGCCUUUUCGAUAUCCGUGCCGACCGCGAGCUCAACAUCUACCAGGUAUAUUAUACCCCCUUGCCCACCACCCGGGAUCCUUCCCAGCUCAGGCUAAUUGAUUUGCAAUCCCGACAGAGCGACCAAGUUCUUUGCGGUAUCACCUCCGUCGCGUUUUCAGUUUCGGGUCGGUUAUUGUUUGCUGGUUACGACGAUUUCGAGUGCAAGGUGUGGGAUGUUCUACGUGGUGACAAGGUGGGCUCUCUGAGCGGCCAUGAGAACCGGGUGAGCUGCUUGGGUGUCAGCAACGACGGCAUCAGUCUGUGCACUGGAUCUUGGGAUUCUCUCCUCAAGGUCUGGGCCUGGUAA